AAGUUUGUGAUGGAAGAAGGUUUAACGGAGAAAAAAAAAAGGAUUGGGUUGUUUUGGAAAAUAUCAAAUGUGGGCAACGAAACUCGACCGGAACCAAUCGUUCCUUCUCUGAAGCUCUCUUUGCAAUUGAAAAUCAACAACAUACGAUACGAGAGAGGAUUCUUCGAGAGAUGAGCAGCACAAGCACUAGUUCUGCUCUUAUCCACCAUUUCCGCCUCACCACUCGCAACUUGGGUUCGCCUACAAAGCAGCGUUGUCCUUACGCUGUAACUUUCUGCAAUUCGUGGAGGGAAGCUGGACUCCGAUACUCCGUCACGCAACGCCGGAGCAAAGGCUUUGGGCCGGUGUCAGCUCUCAAUGACGACGAUUCACCAACAGAGACCACCCCCGGCGUUGGCUCUGCUGUAGAAGACAGACCACCAGAUUCAUCUGAAGAUAGAUCAAGUUCGGUCUAUGAGUUUCUGUAUCCCCGUAAAGAGGAGCUCCCUGAUGACAAAGAAAUGACUAUUUUCGACCAUCUCGAGGAGCUCCGGGAGAGAAUAUUCGUCUCUGUUUUGGCUGUAGGAGCUGCAAUCUUGGGAUGCUUCGCCUUCUCCAAAGAUCUUAUUGUCUUUCUUGAAGCUCCCGUCAAAACUCAGGGUGUACGGUUUCUCCAGCUUGCUCCUGGCGAAUUUUUCUUCACAACUUUAAAGGUCUCCGGUUAUUGCGGGCUUCUACUAGGGAGCCCAGUGAUCCUGUAUGAGAUUAUAGCUUUUGUCCUUCCCGGUCUGACACGGGCUGAGAGAAGGUUUCUGGGGCCAAUUGUAUUUGGCUCCUCAUUGCUCUUCUAUGCUGGACUUGCUUUCUCCUACUGGGUUUUAACCCCUGCAGCCUUGAAUUUCUUUGUGAAUUACGCUGAAGGUGUGGUAGAAUCUCUGUGGUCUAUCGACCAGUACUUUGAGUUUGUACUAGUGCUUAUGUUCAGCACAGGCCUUUCUUUCCAGGUUCCAGUCAUUCAGUUACUCCUGGGACAAGUAGGGGUUGUGUCGGGAGAUCAAAUGCUAUCAAUUUGGAGAUAUGUGGUGGUAGGUGCGGUGGUUGCAGCAGCUGUUGUCACACCCUCGACAGACCCUGUCACUCAAAUGCUCCUAGCAACACCGCUUCUGGGGCUCUACUUGGGUGGUGCAUGGAUGGUCAAGCUCACAGGUCGGUGAGAAACUUGGUUGUUCAGAGACGAAAAUAAAUCAUGUAUCUUGUAGAGUAUAUCACACUUUCCACCACAGUUUGGUACCCAAAGUGUUUAUCUGAAUCUUCAUCUUCUUCAUAUGUACAAAUUUAGCAACCAAAAACAGCAACAAGGUUUAAGGGGAGGGGCAUUUAUUUUCUAUUAUAUGAUACAUGAUAAUUCAGAUUUAGGAGAUGAAUGUCUAAUCUUUAGAUGCUGCGAUGGCUUUGUGGGCUGCAUUUCAUGAAACAUACAAGUGAUUCCAUAUUCAGAAGAAUGAAGAAAAUUCAAAUUGGACCAGCCGGUUGGCAUAUAUAUACAUCUUCGCGUGCAACACAUAGGCAUAGCUGAGAGUAUCAAGAGCAAGAGACCACAAUCCUGGUAACUACAAGCUGAAGAUAUGAUUAAGACGCUGCAGAGGGAAGGGGUGUUAAUCAAAGAUAGUUUACUACAUUUCAGAGUAUAAAAACCAAGAUGAUUUGAUCUUAUUUUGUAACACACUCCUCUUAACUACG